CCGCCACAGAUCACAGAUUAACUGAUUUACCAUGGCAACUAGAGCCGCGUACUUUUCCCCGUCGGAAGCACAAAUCCUCAUGGAGGCAUACGAGGAGGUAAAAGAUAUAAUUAAGAAGAAAGGCAACACCGCCACAGUGAUAAAGCAAAGAGAAAAAGCGUGGCAAAGUAUUGCAGACCGCCUGAAUGCAUUAAACAUGAACGGGCCAAAACGGACAUGGCAGCAGGUCAAAAUCAAAUACAAGAACAUUCUGCAGAAUGCAGUGAAAAAGAAUACCCACAGACAAGGCACGGGUGGUGGGUCACCAAAGGCUGACCUUACCCCAGCAGAGGACAUGGCCUUGGAGCUAAAUAAAUGCAGGCCCGUCUUAGAGGGGAUCCCUGGGGGGAAAGAGACGAGCAUAGGUUCCUCCCAAGAUGCCACCCGCUUCAUUCAAGUGUCUGGCAGCACUGUGUUCCUGUUAGAGCCACCAGCACAAGCACCAGACGAUGCUGAUCCAGGUGAAGGCCCCAGUGCAGCAGCAACAGCACAUGAUGGAGACGAUGAUGAUGAGGAGGAGACCAUCUCUCUGGAUUCCAGAAGGCAUGAGAGCUCACAAGCUAUCAGAAAGUUGUAUGGCAACCACCUCCGGCGCCAAAUAGAACUGGCAGACAUAGACAUUCAGUACAAGAAGAAAAAGAUGGAAAAUCUUGCACUGGAGUCCGAAAUAAAAAAGAGGACAAUUAGGAAACUGGACCUUGAAAUAAAAAAACUUGAGAGGGAGCUCCAAGAAGAUGACACAGCUCAAAAUAAAAAUUAGGUAUAUUCUCGUAAAGUCAAGUGAGCCAUGACAUAUGAGCUCUUAUUGUGAGCACACAGGACGGUGGCAUCUUUCUAAGGUUUUUUUUAUUUUCCCAGCAAUCAGUACAACCAAGUCAUCGUUAUAAGGCAUCGCCCUCUUUUGCCCACCCCCCCAGCACCAGGUGUGGCCACUAGCCUAUAUGAAGGCCCAAAAUUGUGUGUUCCUUUCUGCUCUGACAAUGGCAUGCCCAUUCGUGCGAGAUGUGGUGGAUGAAGAAGCACUUGUGCUGAGGAGAGCCUUCAGGCGAGAAAGGGUCUUCAGGGACCGGUUGGACCCACUGGCCUUCCCUGACGACCAUCUAUAUGAAAGAUACAGGUUUUCUGCAGAUGGCAUCAGGUAUCUAUGCAGACUACUGGGUCCCAGGAUUAAGCACCGCACUGCACGGAGCCAUGCACUGAGUGUGGAGCAAAUGGUUUGUGUGGCCUUGCGCUUUUUGCUAGUGGAGCCUUCCUGUACUCAGUGGGGGAUGCAGAACAGCUGAACAAGGCCACAAUUUGCCGCACAAUAAGGAGUGUGUGUCUGGCUAUCAAAGCAUUAGCAGAUGUCUUCAUCUCCUUCCCUGGCCACAGAAGACUCUGUGACAUCAAAGAGGAGUUCUAUAGGAUUGCAGAUGGUCUGCAAUGCUGACUGUGUGAUCAGCAAUGUUGUGGCAAAAUGGCCUGGCUCAGUCCAUGACUCCAGAAUCUUUCGGGCCUCUGAAAUCUAUCAGUGCCUAUCACAAGGU